GCUGUGGCCACAACAAUGGACGUGGUCAAACACAUUUUCGCCUCACUACGCGCGCCAACUUUUUUGUCCCUCUUUUUACUUACAAAAUGUUGGGAGGUAUGGCUAACCCACCAACAAAAUGGCGGAGGCAACACAGGGAGACGCUUUUCUGAACACAUUGCCCAUGACCACAGUCACGUGGGGCGUCUGUACGUUCGGUGGGCGGCGCUUUCCGGAGCUGUCACAUGUCACACACACAGAGACAACAGUGACGUUGUGCAGAACCGGAAACAGGGGGCGGGCUCCGAUGAAGGAGCUGCCGGAGAUCGGGGAGCUGAGCUGGGAGAGACCGAGGCUCGGGCCGGGGCCCGCGGAGCCACCGGGGACAACAUGCGUGGGGCAGCGGCGGAGGAGGUGCUGAGCCGGUUAUUAGGCUGCGGUCCUGAGGCGGAGGCUGCGAGGCCCCGGCUCAUGGUGUUCCGGAACAUGCCGAGGGGAGACGAGGAGGAAGGAGAGGCUGCAGCGGAGGCCGAGGCUGUAGUAGAAGCGCUGCCGGCGGGAGGAGGGAGGCCGGAGGCGGCCGAGUUGUGUAACAGACGUGACAAGGAGUUGGAGUUGCAGCUCGGGGCCCUGGGACUGCGCGGGUGUCCGUGUGAGGAGACGAGUGACGCGCUGCUGGUGCUGGAGGAGCCCGAGGGACACGAGGGACGGGCCCCGAGCAGCAGCACAGGCCGAAGCACAAAAUCCUCCCUCAGGAACCGACUCUCCCGCAUCUUCCGCACCAAGAGCUGCGCGGGGGCCGCCGGGAAUUCUGACAGGAGGGGAGGGGCUACACAGCUGGGGGGAAGCUUCACCGACAUGUCCCGGGACUUACAGCUUCUCCGGAAGCCGCGAUUGACCAGAACUCAAAGUGCCUUUUCUCCAGUCUCCUUCAGUCCACUCUUCACUGGUGAAACGGUGUCACUUGUAGACGUGGACUUUUCACAGAGAGGAUCCUGCUCCACUCACCCUCCCACCCCUCCUCCACCUCCCCGCAGGAGCCUCAGCCUUUUAGAUGAUAUUGGUGGAAUCCAGCCAGCGUCUGUCCUAGUGGGACCCAUGGGAUCCUCUCUGCAGUCAUUCCCACUGCCCCCGCCUCCUCCUCCACAUGCUCCAGAACUUUUACCACGGGUGUUUCCGCUAAGACCAACUGAGUGUGUCCCAGUCCCACUGGUGCAGCCCCUGCAGUGCCCCCUAUUUAGACAGGACUCCAGUAGCUUUGCUGCCAGCCUGCGGGAGCUUGAGAAGUGCGGCUGGUACUGGGGUCCAAUGAACUGGGAGGAUGCAGAGAUGAAGCUGAAGGCAAAACCCGACGGCUCCUUCUUGGUGCGAGAUAGUUCAGACCCUCGCUACAUCCUGAGUCUGAGUUUCCGAUCACAGGGAAUCACCCACCACACGCGCAUGGAGCACUACAGAGGAACAUUCAGUCUCUGGUGCCACCCGAAGUUUGAGGAUCGAUGUCAGUCUGUAGUGGAGUUCAUAAAACGCGCCAUCUUGCACUCGAAGAAUGGGAAGUUCCUGUAUUUUCUUCGCUCGCGAGUACCAGGUCUCCCCCCAACCCCAGUGCAGCUCCUGUACCCCGUCUCCCGCUUCAGCAAUGUGAAGUCCCUGCAGCACUUGUGCCGCUUUCGUAUUCGGCAGCUGGUCCGGAUCGACCACAUUCCGGAACUCCCGUUACCCAAACCCCUCAUCUCAUACCUGCGCAAGUUCUACUAUUACGACCCCCAGGAGGAGGAGUAUCUGUGUCUAAAGGAGGCUCGGCACGUUAACAGAAUGGAGUUUGGGAGCGACGGCUCCACGUAGCGAGGCUUCUGCCCUUCCCCCUCUUCAAUGGGCCCAACCAGGGAUGCAGAACACUGAGCAAGAGAACAAUGGAGGAGCUGGAGGUGCUUGAAUAAGAGGCUGCUUGGCUGGUCCUGUUACCCCUUUAGCUACAUGACCCCCUUUUCUAGGAGUAGGAAUACCAAGCAAGUAGUUUGGCACACCAGGGACUCCGUAGGAUCUCCUUUGGUGACUGUGGGAGCUGAAGACGUCAGUCAUGAAAGCCCUGGCUGUAUCCUCAGCAAAUUCCUCAACUGUCAUAUUCCUCAACUGUCAUAUUCCUCAACUGUCAAAUUCCUCAACUGGAAAUCAUCCGACAAGAGACGGGGUGCAGGGAAUUUGCCUUAUGUUCCCGAGGCGGCUCCAUCAUCUGGAGUGUUUUCUACUGAUUCUCAUCCGCUGAGCGUAUUCAUCUCAUGGACGAUGUGAAGGGGUUCAGCCAAACACUCAAUGCUACUGAUUCCCCCAGCGUUUUACUACUGAUUGAACUACUACUGCAAUACCGGCACCUCUUAUCUUACUCUCAGAUUCCUCACAGCCGAUGGUGUUAAACUGCUCUUCUCAACACUGGAGUCCGUUCACUGGCCAACUCCUUUAAAGGGCAAGUCAACCCCAAAAUAAAAUCCUAAUAUUAAAGAAAACAUAAUUCUAGGCAACUUUCCAACAUACAUUAAUUAAAAGUUUGCAGUGCUUUUAAAGUUAUUAGUAAAAACAUUUGCUAUUGAAAGCAGCAUUGGCCAUAGACGUAACAAUUACGAUCUUUCUUAGAAAAGAUGUUUAGUUUGUUUCAAUAGACACGUGUUGAACUGAAUGGUCAGAUAUUCAGGUAGAAACAAUAGAAUUCCACCUAUUUUUGGGUCCCUUCAAAGGCGCCCAAUCAAAAUUUUUCUACGAGCCAACCGAUAUCCAAGUCUACUGCUGAUAUUGUUCGGCUCGUUUCCCACCUUACACGCACCGAAUAUCGUAAGAAAAUUAGUUUUGUAUGAUAUGUGUAUGGCCACCAUAACUCCUGGUUGUUACUCUUUAGACAAUGUUGCAAAAGUCUUAAUUCCCCGGCAAAGACACGUCUGUUAAUCAGCUGCCUUUACGGAACGCAUUUUAGGACAUUAUUAGAACACACGCUCCUGCAUGCGCUCUUGUAAAGAAGAAGUAUGCACUCGUCUCUUAUUCUACUGCAGUCACACCACUGUGCUGCCCGCAUUUGCUGUUGCAAUCUCCCCCUCGUUUCUCAUUCCUUAUCCCUCCCUCCUCGGUCCUCAUUCUGCCCUCCUCAGCCUUUAUAACAACAGCCCUCCCUCCUCAGCCCUCUCUCUUCAGCUCUCAGCCCUCAUUACAAAAUCCCUCCAUCCUCAGCCCUCCCUUAUCAGCUCUCAACCCUCCCUCCUCCGCCCUCAUUACAAAAUCCCUCCAUCCUCAGCCCUCCCUCCUCGGUCCUCAUCACAAAAGCCCUCCCCCCUAAAGCCUCUCUCUCUCUUUAGCUCUCAGACCUCCGCUCAUAAGGCAGGCUGAUAGCUGAGGAGGGAGGGCUGAGGACGGAGGGCUUUUGUGAUGAGGGCUGAGGAGGGAGGGCUGAAAGCUGAAGAAAGAGGGCUGAGGACAGAGGGCUUUUGUAAUGAGGGCUGAGGAGGGAGAGCUGAAGAGGGAGGACGGAGGGCUUUUGUAAUGAGGGCUGAGAGCUGAAGAAAGAGGGCUGAGGACAGAGGGCUUUUGUGAUGAGGACCAAGGAGGGAGGGCUGAGGAAUGAGCCACGAGGGGGAAGAUUGCAACAGCAAAUGUGGGCUGCACGAGGUGUGACUGCAGUUUCUUCGGAUAAGUGAGUAGAAUAAGAGACGAGUCUGCAUACGUCUUCUUUACGAGAGCGCAUGCAGGAGCGUUUGUUCUGAUGAUGUACUAAAAUGCGUUCCGUAUGCCUUGUCUUACACUGAAUCAACAGUCUGAACCUGCAGUGCAGAGAAUAGAGACAAACACUGCUUUCAAUAGCAAUACAUAUACAAUAACAGAGACAAUUUGUAAUGAAUGUAAAUGGCAAAGUUGCUUCGAAUAAUGUUUUCUUUUAUUAGGCACAUAUUUUAUUUUGGUGGUUGCCAGACAGCCGACGUACUUGAAGGGGUCCCUGGGUGGAAAGUGGAGAGCGACGGGGGAUAUUUCCAUUGAGUGGGAAAGACUUGAUCCCUUUCAUCCAUUUCUUCACAGGACAAAAAACAAAAUGACUUUCUUUUCCUCUCCAGCACAAUUUCUCUUUCCCCCAUUUCCUCCCGUUGAUUCUUUCUGUGUAGAUUUUUGGUUUCUGAUGCGCUUAAUUUAUUGAACAAUAAGUCCGGUUGUAAUUUAUUUUCCUCUCCCCCGUUCCCUGAUUAUUCUCCCGCUGCUUGUGGGAGUUUUUUUUAUUUUGAACAAGGAAAACGGUAAAACUUUGGCUGUUUUUAUUUCGGGGGGGUCUGUCCUGUGCGUGUGUUCUCAUGGAGCCCCGUGGGCAGUUCUGAUGGAAUCUCCGUUUGUAAAUAUUGAGUGCGGCACAUCCGUAUGAUUUUCAAUUCAAAAACAUAUUUAUAUAUUUUUGACUCCUCCCCUCCAAAUAUUCUUUCUUUGCGUUUGCAGUGGUCGAAUAGGAAAUAACGGCACGUUGUUUUGGUGUCAGUGUCUUUCUACUUUGUCUCCGACCCCCAGAAAGGAAAAGCACUCGCCCCUCUCCCGGCUCCGCAAUUUGCUCUUGGAUUUUUCAAGAGGGGCGGCGAGUGGGUUCAAAAUAAACAGUUUAGAAAUAA